GUCGGCGGAGGGGCUGACAUGUUCAAGGGUUACGGAGGAGGAAGACCACCUCCGCCUCCUCCCGGAGCUCCGCGGCCAAGUUUACCCGCCUUGCCCUCCGCAGUCCGGCCGGGAUCUCAGCAGCAAAAAUUCCAGCCGGAUCCCACCGCCGGGAGCAGCGCCACCACCGCCCCUUUCGUGCCCAACCUCAACACAAUCGCCAGCAGCCACAACCUGCAGUGGAUGGUGCAGCCUUCGCUCAUGGGCGCCUCCUCGGGACUCCCUCCUCCAUUCCCCCGUCCUUACCGCUGCCCGCACUACGCAGCUGGCAUCCGUCCUGGCGUCAUUCGCACCACGGGCCCCGGCCUGGUGCCCCGGAGGCGCCACUCCGAGCACCUCACCCCGGAAGAGGAAGAGAGGCGGCGUUUACGGCGGGAACGGAACAAAAUGGCGGCUGCCAAAUGCCGCAAUCGGCGCAAAGAGCUGACCGACACGUUGCAAGCGGAGACGGACCAGUUGGAAGCCGAACAGUCGGGUCUCCGGAAAGAAAUCGCCGAAUUGCAAAAACAGAAAGACCGCCUGGAAUUAGUCCUGGAAGCCCACCGUCCCGUCUGCAAAAUCCUGGAAGAAUCCUCCGGCGAUGAGGACGGGAGCUGCCUCCGCCCCCGGCAGGCCUCCCCUCCCUCCCAACUCCCGCCGGACAAGCAGGAGUCCCCCCCGGGGCCCCCGCGUGGCUCUCGCCGGACGGCCCUGGUGCCCCCUACCAUCACCCUGCCCCCCAGCGGCCUGCUGGAGCCCGAAUCCCUGCAUACCCCUACUCUGAUGUCCACCCCGUCUUUCACCCCCUUCACCCCCAGCCUGGUCUUCACCUACCCGGCCCCGGGGGACCCCGACGGGCCCUCGGUCUCCGGCUUUCCGGCCGAGGCCUGCUCCUCUGCCCACCGAAGGAGCAGCAGCGGGGACCACUCCUCCGAUUCCCUCAACUCUCCAACCUUGCUGGCCCUUUGAGGAAACAAGCUCGGUUUGGGCUUGUCUCGAACCUUGUCCUUGGUUUUGGGGGGGGGGAGGGGGGGUAUUUUGGCUAUAAUUCCCCUUUGGCUUCACUUUUGUGACCGA